GCAGUCACCUCACAGGCUUAAGCUGCGCCGGGGGAUGCUGAGGUCGGACAGUGGGAAGAAAUUCUCCACGGAAAGGGCUGUCCAGCGUUGGCAGGGACUGCCCAGGGAGGGGGGGGACUCCACUCGGUGCUCUGAGCUGGGGAACAAAGUGAUGUUCGGUCAUAGCUUGGACUCAGCGAUCCUGGAGGUCUUUUCCGACCUGAUUACGUUAUUCUUCCCCCGAUGACGAGUGGUUUUCACACGGCUCCUGCCGUAGGUGGCAUUCCGGCCACUGGCACGUCUCUGGCAGUGCUUUUGGGAAGUUGUUGCUGCUUUUCUGUUCAUUGUAAGCAUGUUUCCAGCAACACUUCGAAAUUGCAUCUUUCUGUGCUUUUAAAUGCAAAGUAAUCCCAGUCUUUUCUUAAGGGCAUUAUUCUUAAGUCCUCCUGUGUAUUGUCUGGUUUUCUACACUUGAAUCUACUACAGUUCUGUCUCGAGUUGGGAUGAUAAGCCUUGUUUAUUUUUAAAUGUUUUUGGUGUUUGUUUGUUUGUUUUUUCCAAAUGUUUCCAUUUUCUUCACUUUUUCAGAAGUGACCAGUCAGCUGUCCUUGCUUCAGCUGUAGUUAAUGAGGGAGAUUGUCCUCUCUUGUGGUAGCUGUGGGGUCUUUACUUCGGGUGCCUGUGAUUUGCUGUGACUAAAGGCAACUUCUCUGGGCCUCUACACUGGCACUAUGUGACCUGCAAGCUUGAGAGGCCAAAAUUUAGUACUAAACAAUGAACCUGAUGAAGCAUAAACCAGGUAGAGAUGUCUGAUUUUAAGGCUUUUCCCCAAAACCUGGGUAAGGUGGCAGCAAAUUUGCUGAUGACACCAAGUUGGGAGGGAGUGUCAACCUACUAGAAGGCAGGAGGGCUCUGCAGAGGGAUCUGGAUAGACUGGAGAGUUGGGCUGACUCCAGUGGGAUGAAGUUCAACAAGGCCAAGUGCCGGGUCCUGCACUUUGGCCACAACAACCCCUGCAGCGCUACAGGCUGGGCACAGAGUGGUUGGAGAAUAACCAGGCAGAAAGGGACCUGGGGGUGCUGAUCGACAGGAGGCUGAACAUGAGCCAGCAGUGUGCACAGGUGGCCAAGAAGGCCAAUGGCAUCCUGGCCUGCAUCAAGAACAGUGUGGCCAGCAGGAGCAGGGAAGUGAUCCUUCCCCUGUACUCUGCGUUGGUGAGGCCACACCUUGAGUAUUGUGUUCAGCUCUGGGCCCCUCAGUUCAGGAAGGAUAUUGAGGUGCUGGAGCGGGUCCAGAGAAGAGCAACCAGGCUGGUGAAGGGACUUGAGCACAAGUGCUGUGGGGAGAGGCUGAGGGAGCUGGAUUUGUUUAGUCUAGAGAAGAGAAGGCUUAGAGGUGACCUCAUCACCCUCUUCAACUACCUGAGAGGAGGUUAUAGCCAGGUGGGGGUUGGUCUCUUCUCCCAGGCAACCAACAACAGGACAAGGGGACAUGGGCUCAAGCUCUGCCAGGGGAAGUUUAGGUUAGAUGUUAGGAAGAAAUUCUUUACAGAGAGGGUAAUCAGGCAUUGGAACGGCCUGCCCAGAGAGGUGGUGGAUUCAUCAUCCCUGGAGGUUUUUAAAAAGAGAUUGGACAUGGCCCUUAGUGCCAUGAUAUAGUAAUUGGAGUUGGAUCAGGGGUUGGACUUGAUGAUCUUGGAGGUCUUUUCCAACCCAAUCUCUUCUAUGAUUCUAUGAUUCUAGGUAUGCAAAGCUGGCAGAGUCAGGUGUACUGUGGGGGCCCUGCUUAAAGGAUGAUAGAAGCAAGGGCAUGUCAUGGUAGGACAGUGCUAGAUUGGAUACUAGGAAGGAAUUCUUCCCUUUGAGGUACUGAAGCCCUGGCACAGGUUGCCCCAUCCCUGGAAUUGUUCAAGGCCAGGUUGGAUGGGGCUUGGAGCAACCUGGGCUAGUGGAAGGUGUCCCUGCCUGUGGCAGGGAAUGGAACAAGAUGAUUUUUAAGGUCCCUUCUAACCCAAACUGUUCUAAGAUUCUAUGCUCUCUGUCUCCUCAUCUCUCUGCCCACUGAAAAUUGAUUCUGUGUAGGUGUGAUUAGAAUGGUAGGGAAGAGCUCUUGCUGCCUGAUGUCUGCUGUUGCCACCUGGAGAACUUUUGGAAUGCUGUCAGCAGCUCAGGGGAUGUGCUCAUCUGCUCUGCUCAGCACCCUGCCCUCAGCAGUACCAUGGAGGUGUUCUGCAUACUGAUGGAGUUUUGUUAAGCACAGGCAGGACCAAAGAGAGACAAAACACUAUCAGAAUAGGGAUAGGAUUUUUUUUCUGUAUAUUUUCUGUGUGAGUGUGAUUUAAAACGCAGCAGAACUCCCAAGGACAGGCUUUAAUCCCUGGAUGGUGUUUAAAGUGCUCUAGAAGAGGAUAGAAGGUUCUUAGGGAAGUGAAAGCAGAGCUGAGCCUACUUUUUAAAAAGUCUCCCUUGCUGUGACCUGUUCCCCUUUUGUUGAUUGCUAAAUGAUGCUGUAUUAAUCUUUGAGGAAGAUGUUGGAAGGAUCCAUCUCCAAUACUUGAGACAGUGUGUAGGUUUUGGAAAGAGAAGCUGGUGUUAAUACCUCCACAGGGUGAAACCAAAGUCUCUGUCCUCGGGAUGAGUUUAACCAUUUUUAUGUUAGAGAGCUGCAGUUUCAUGGAGGAGCCACUGAAAUAAAUUCUGGAUUUCUGGCCAUGGUUCCAUGCUGGGUGGAGAAGCAGCCUUGUUCGUGCAUUGCCAUGGGUGACUGCUGCUUUCCUGUGCUUCCCUAGCUGCUGAAGCCACCAGGAUUUGGUGAUGGAGGCUUUGCUGGAAGGAAUGCAGAGAAAUGAGCAGGGGAGCGGUGGGUUCCUGACCUCCUGCGAGGCCGAGCUGCAGGAGCUGAUGAAGCAGAUCGACAUCAUGGUGGCUCACAAGAAGUCUGAGUGGGAAGGGCAGACGCAGGCUUUGGAAGCUCGCCUGAGUGCUCGGGAGCAGGAGCUUUCCUCUGCCAGGGCUGCUCUGCAGGAAAGACAGAAGGAGGUUGGCGUGUUGCGGCGCCAGGUCGAAGAGGUGGAAAAAUCCAAGCAGGGCAUGGUUAGAGAGUAUGAACAACAGCUGAAGGCGUUCCAAGAGGAGUUGUCCCGGCUGAGGAGGAGCUAUGAGAAGCUGCAGAAGAGAAAAGCAAGGGGAGGCAGAGGAGAUGCUAACAAGGGACAAGAAGAAGAUGAGUUUGAAUUGAGCAGACUGACCAGGAAGCUGGAGGAGUUCCGACAGAAAUCACUCGAGUGGGAGAAGCAGCGCCUGCAGUACCAGCAGCAGGUGGCAUCGCUGGAGGCUCAGCGCAAGGCAUUGGCAGAGCACUCCGAGCUCGUGCAGACCCAGCUUGCCAAUCGGAAGCAGAUUCUGGACUCGGUGGAGCUGGCCAGCCAGUCGGAAAUCCAGCACUUAACCAGCAAGCUGGAGAGGGCCAAUGACACCAUCAGCGCCAAUCAGCUGGAGGUGGAGAGGCUAAACAUGAGAGUGGAUGACCUGAGUGAGAACAACCGACAGAUUCUGGCAGAUCAGCAAAGAGUGCAAGAGGAAUUGAGGCAGUCCAAGAAAAUGGUAGAGGUGCUGCAGGAUGAGAAGAGGGAACUGAAAGCCACCUUGCAGUCUCAGGAAGAUUUCAUUGACAGCUCCAAGCUGCAGCAGGAACAGUUACAGAAAGAGCUGGCCAGGAUGACUGAAACUCUUCACACAAAGGAAUUCCUCAUCAGGGCCCUGGAGGAACGCUUGCAAGGGCAGCGGUUGCCUUCUCCGGAGCUGGAGCACGUGCUGCUGCAGCUGGAUGUUGCCCAGAAGAAGGAACAGCACUUGCAGUCGGAGGUGACUCGUCUCGAGAACAGCCUGGUGUCUUCAAACGCCAGGUGUGUGCAGCUGAGGGAGGAGCUGGGUGAGAAUAUCAAAGAGCUGCAGUCCAUGGUAGACCACCAGACUGAGUCAAAGGCAGAGAUUAAAAAGCUCAAAGAGCAGCUCUCUCACUCUGAACAAACCCGCAGCAGUGAACUGGAAGGGAUGAAAAGGGAGAUCUCCAGGUUGACACAGGAGCUGCACCAGCGGGACAUCACCAUUGCAUCGACAAGCGGCUCCACAUCAGACCUGGAACAGCGGCUGAAGGCAGAAGUUGAAAGAGCAGAGAGGAAAGCAGUGGAGCACAGGGUAGUUCUGGUCCAGCUGGAAACCUUGAGGCUGGAAAACCGUCAUCUCUCAGAGAAGCUGGAAAAAACCAAGUGUGGUAUGCUGGAGGGAAAAGAUGUGACCCUGAGAGCACUCAGGGAAGAUUGUGCUGUGGAGCUGCACAAGCUCAAGUCUGAGAACCAGCAGCUGCGGAAGGACCUUGCGGAGGCCCGGGCGAAGCUGGAAGUCAGUGUGUGGCUCGGCCCGGGUGAACCUCAGGGCACUGCCCAGCAGGAGCCAGGCAAAGAGCCCCAGACCAGGGGUGUGCAGCACAGGACGGCUUGGGGAGCACAGCACAUGCACGAUGAACAAGCAGCCAGGAUACAUCUCCAGCCUGAUGGGACUGCUCAGCAUCAUCACAGGGAGCCCCAGAGAUGUGGGGCUGCUGAAAUGGGACCUGUGCCUCCCGAGGUGGGUGAGUCACCCUCCCAGACCAGCAGGGAGAACUGCCAGGAGUCACCUACCUUGCUGGGAGCAGAGCCUUCUCUCCAUAUGGUGGAUGGAAACAAAGAUUUUGCAGAUGAAGCAUCCAAACAGCCUGUCUCAAAUAAUCAGAGAGAAUCUGUGCCUUUGUGCCCCUUGCCUACAGCUUCUGUUGGAUCAAUAGCUGCAAGAUACCUGGAAGAGGAAGAAGUGAGAUCCCAGCACAUCCUGGAAUGUCUGAAUGCUCACAUUGAGGAACUGAAAAAAGAGAGUGCAAAGAUAGUGAGACGAUUUGAACAGCAGGAGUGAUGUUUCUUGUGGAAUUGGAAUGCUGGAAUAUGUGAUUCCAAACUGUGACUGAGGUGGUGCCUCUAAACCACUUGCCAUCAGAAUUUGAGAGGCCGUGCCUCCCACUUGGAACUGAAUCAGCAGGAUGGGAGCUGAGGGAAAGGAGCUCCUCUCUAACGUGUUUGUUCUGAUGAAAGGUAUUACACCACAAACAUUUUAGUCAGCUUGGAAGGUCAGAGACCUGCAUCAGAGCUCACAAAGACUUUGGUGUUUUUAAAAAGCAAACCACUUGCUAAUUUUUAUGUAAAGUAUUUAAAGUAUGUUUUAUACAUGCAAAAGCAUUGAAAUAAACCAGAAUGACAAAUA